GAAUCAGCUGUUCAAUGAAAACAAAAGACAAUGGCUUGCGAAGUGAAACACUGCGGAGAAAUCCGUGAUUUUAGGAAAGUUCAGGAAUACUUUGGACUCGGACACGAUGACAACUGGUUAAAUGCGGUAAACCAUGCGAUAUCGCCCACGGGAGAACUGAUUGCCCUAGCCCAGGGCGAAAAGUUGGCAUUCCUCUCCACCUGCUGGAGCAGCCACAGGAAUGCCAACACAUAUGUCCUCAGCUGGUGUGGCGAACUGGAGGAUCGUAACCAAAUUGUGACCAGUCUUACCUGCCUGCCGAUGACCCAUAGUCGAAGUUCCGAUGGAGCCAUCGAAUGGACCUGCGUGGCAGUUGGGCUGGUCUCGGGCAUGGUUAUUUUCUACACGGACUCAGGCGUAAAGCUCUUCUCUCAAUGUUGCCAGGAAGAUCCAGUCAUAGGAGUCAAGCUCGAGUCCACCCCGCGACAUUCCGAAGCGGAUUCUCUGCUCUACAUUGUUUACCCACGCUGCCUGUGCUUCAUCAAGGGCCAGGACAUCCUACCCACGCUGACCAACUGCCGGCACAAUGUGCAGCGAAGUGCAUUGGAGCGAGGUUCGUAUCCCACCGCAGAUGUGGUGCCAUUCCAAAAGUAUAAGUUCAAACAGGAGCGCGAGGGUGUGAUCAACGAUGCCGCCAUAUCCAGCACCCAAAGGCCUCCCACAUACGACUAUAUUGUCCAGCAGAGUAUCGGCCUUGGAUACUUCGCCAAGGUGCAUGCCACGCCGCCGAGGAGCUCACAGGUUCUGGCCGCCGGAGCAGAGCCCUAUUUGGGCUUCUUUCAGGCGGAGGAAGGUUACAAAACGAUGUCCAUAGGGGAGGUGGCCAAGGAUGUGAUUGGGAUAGCAUACAAAAACCUGCUGGGAGGGAUCUUUCGACGCGCUCCAGAGCCAUUGCCAUCGCCCGAAGAAUCUCCGCUGCCCGUGCCCACAAAGGAAGCGCCGAUGAGGAUUCGCUGUCGCCUGUACGACGGAAAGAGAGAUGGGCUAACUUUAGCUGUGGCACCAGGUGGACGCUUAGCUGUCGUCACAGAUAAUCUGGAUCGAGUGAUGCUGGUGGACACGCAGCAGGCUAUUAUUCUGCGUGUGUGGAAGGGCUACCGGGAUGCCCAGUGCGCCUUCGUGCCAGUCAAAGAGCGAUCUGUGCGCGGGAUCAAGACGCACAAGAGAAAGGCUUUGUUUCUGGUGAUCUACGCACCUCGAUUGGGCUGCCUGGAUAUCUGGGCCCUGCAAAACGGCCCCAAGGUGGCCGCCUUUAAUGUUUCGAAAUCCGGGCAAUUGGUCUACAACAAUCACAGUGCUCUAGGCGUCGGCGGAAGUGGUGGUUCAGCAGGGGGCAGCAGCCAGUCACGAAAGACUUUUGCCAUUAAUCACUGCCUGUUCCUGGAUCCCAGCGAUGGCAGCCUAAAGGAGGUGCACAUUCCCUUUCACUAUGCCCUUAGCGAAACCAGUUCGCAGACAUCCCGGGAUAUCCAUAUGCUGAGGCGUCUUAGAAAUCAUUUGAGAGCUUUAAAUCAUGGCGAUACCAAAGAUGUAAUGAUUGCCGAGAUUGGGGAACUGGCAAGUGAACUACUUACACUAGAGGUCCGCCAACAGUGCCUGGAGAUGCUGCUUAAAGACAAGAAGCUGCAGCCACGGGUAUUUCAGUGCAUCAUUAAUGCCUUCAUUGAGAAACCUCUCCCCAACACGGCAAAUUCCGAGGAAUUUGUCAAUCAAAUUGAGAACUAUAAGCGCUUGACCGAUCUCUAUUUGGCUCUUAGUCUAGCCAAUCAGCGGGGAGACAACGAACCACCCGUGGAGCAUCUUGAGCUCUCCGAUGCAGAUCUGGUGACGAUUAACAAGUUGGUUUUACUUUUGGACGAUGGCACCGAGAAGGAAAAACCCGCCUCCACCCGCGAGGUAAGCUUCAAGCUUCAGGAGGAACACAAGACCGAGGAGUUUGUCGAUUACCUGAGCAUCUUCAACAUCGAGCGUCCAGAUGGCAUCAGUCUGCUACCGGAGAGGUCCGACAAGUUUGGCGUCGUAAGCAUCGAUCUCUUUAGCCAGUUUUUUGCCCAAGGACUGUGCUUUGGUCAAUUCAAACAGUGGAUCCAUCAGGCGUGUCUGCCGAGCAUGGAUUUGCUAAAGUUGGUUACUUGGUUUUGGCUGGAAAAGCCUUUUAAAUACAACAACUGUGAUGAAGUUGUGGAUGACAUGUCCAGGAUUGCUGCAAUGGUGCAGACCAUUUGCGAUUUGGCUGGCGACCACAUCCACGACUAUGCCUACAAUGCUAUUUCACCGUGGUGGCAAGAGGUACGCGAACUUCUCCUGGAGAGCAAGCAGUUUUCUGGCUUGCUGGUGGCCAUUGUUUGCAAAACGGUGGCCAGUAAUUUGUGGCGCAGCAGAAAAGAGGGAUCUUGUGACGAAUCCUCGCAGAACGAGGAGGAGGAGCGCUGGGAACGCAUCUCGCACGAUGAGGCCCAGUGGGGAUUACUCACUGGCAAGCUGGAAGAUGUGGCCGUGUUAGGAGCCAUACUGGGAAAGCAGCUUACCUGCAGGAAUCCUGUUGGUCCGGUGAUGUCAUACGAACCUCCCGACUGCAGUCUCAAGAGCAUUGUGAGCAGCGGAAAAGGCAUCGUCACCGAACUGACGGCCAAGUGGCUAAUCAGUGCACAACUGCAUCCCAGUAAAAUUUUGGAAAUCUCGGCACCGGAAAAGGAGUCGGAUGAUGAAAGUAAAAUUAAGCCGAAGGAGGAGUUGAAAGAAGAGCAGGCCAACGAGGAGGCAGAAUCAGAAGAGGGCCUGGAAAUGGCAAAAGAAGUGGAAGAAUCAAACAAAGAUGCACACGAACCGAUUCUCGAGCGAUUGGCUUUGCUCCGAGCUCACUUUCCUUUCAGUUUGGAAUCGGGUGUGCUGUUAAGUCUUAUGUCCUGGCAGUACAUGGUCCAAUGGAGCAAGCAGCUCUCAUCGCUGGAUCACCUUAAGGCAGCUUUACUCUGUUUGACCCAAUUCCGGACUCCUGACUGGGCACUGAAGCAUGGAAUUUGCUGCAUGCUUUGGAAUGCCACCUUGAAGUUUCCUCUCCAGGCGGCGGCCAAGCUGAUUCAGAAAGUGGGCCGUCUGCCGGUGGACAAGAUGUGUCAGCAAGAUCUGGAUAUGUCGGCCGGGAAAGUGCCGGAGUUUCUGGAACUCAGUCUGGAGUUCCUUCAGCAUUUCUCCACAUCUAUGGAGCACGAUAAGCGGGAGCUACACUUCGAACAGUCACUGAGUGAGGGAGCCCUCCCACUGCAAUUCCUCGCCCUCCAGCAGCACCACGCCAUGCCGCAAUUGCUUCGCCUGCAGACGGAACUGUGUAGCGUGCUCCAUUUCGUGUCCUUCUUCCAGUUGCGCGUUUCCAAACCGCUGACCACUCUAUUUGACUCUAUGGGCAACAAGGCACUGCUGGCGGACAUCAACAAGGAACUGCCCUAUGUCCUGCCCGCACCAGAUCUUGUCCUGCAACAGCAGCGCACUGAUUUCCUAUGCCGCCUUGUGGCCGCCACUAUGGACCUGAUCAGAGAGGACCUGGAGCAGCUGUACAUUCUCGACCACGUUUUUUAUAUGGCCAAGAUCUGCGCUCUGGCCGACAGCUGGGAGGUCGACAAACUUCCCAUCCUCCGAAAACAGGUGGUGGAGCUGUACGCUUUCGGGUAUGAUGCGGAGGCCCAGAUGCUGCUCCACGACAUCAGUGAAGACGAGGAGCUAGGCCGAUUGCUGCUCGAGAUAGCUGGCCGACGGCUUAAUCUCUACGCAGAGAGCUCGCAGUCGACGUUUCUGAAGAUUGCCUCCGUAGGGCACCAGUUGCUGGCCUACCUGGACAACCUGAAGGAGCCAAUGACGGAGCAGAACAUCCAAAUUGCGGCCACCAAGCCCGACGAAAUAGAUGUCGCCGCCCUGGACAGGCUGCUUUCCCACGCCUACAAGUGCCUCUGCCGGCGCGAGUCCAAGCAGUUGCCCAUCAUAGCCCAGAUGUACAACGCCGUGCGUAUCCUGCAGAAUUGAGGUGGAGGAUAACAAAGAAACACUCUUUAUUUAAUGUUAAUAGCAAGAAACGUAUUGCCGCAUUGAAAUGUUAUUGGCAAGAAGCCAAUCUGAAUGUCGUACUGAAACACAUUAAUUUAACACUCAAUUAGCAAGAAUUUUAAGCACAAAUUAAUCACACAGAUUGAAACCAUCUUUUAAAUGGUUUGAGCAAGGACCAAACACAUCUGUUAAAACGAUUUUUAGCAAGAACUUGGGAAAACGAUAUGAUGUACAUAUAUCAUCUGAAGCAUGUCUUAUAUUUAAUUAAAUGUUAUAUUAGUUAAAAUGA